AUGUGUUUCUUGAUCGGUGCCACUGGACCUGGGAUCACAGCCACUGGCGAGGCAUUGCUGGGAUGCGUCAGUGACGACCCCUACCUCUUUCGCACUUUUGUCCAUGUGGUGCAACCUGUGGAUGGUCACGCACACGUGGGCACAGAGCUGGUCUACGCCACCGAUCGGGAGGACUUGGAGCCACCCUUUAAGGUGGAGCCACAGGAAGCAACGCGUGGGAUCAAUUCACAGGGCUUAGCCUUCGUCGUUGCGCUGGCGGUGGAGCAAUCCUCUGGAAACAUGGAAGUGGAGAGCGUGCCAUUCUGCAAUCUCAGUGAAAGGAUGAUGAACGAUUGCAGCAGCGUGGAGGAUGCAUUGCAGUUGCUCGAGGCUACUCCGUCCGUGGCUCCUGCAUUUUCGGUGCUCCUGGCAGAUGCCUUUGGGAAUCUCGCGCAUGUAGAGGUGGGUCGCUUUGGUACAGCCGUCCAUCAGCGCUUUUCCAAAGAGAAACCAGGUUUGGCUUUUGCAGUGAACUGCUACCAAUCCCAAGAGCUCAAGCACUUCAAUGACCCAGCAGCAGAGCUUCAGGCGCAGGAGAACAACAAUGGGUGUCGUUUGGCGCGAGGCCGGCAGUUGGCAGCCGAGUUGCGAGGCAAAUUGGACGUGGCCACAUUCCGAGCGAUUCUGUCGGAUCACGGGAACAGGGAGAGGAAUCCCGAAGAGAACCCUCUCUUGAAGUGGUGGGGAUACAGUAUUUGCAACCAUGGCACUCGAAAAAACCACACGUACGAUGCCACUGCUCCACCUUGGGGCUCAGUGCCUUACACUACAACUAUGGCUGGGCCUGCGGUGAGAAAGCCGAGUUCGGAGAUCAGCUUUUCCAGAGUCGUGCCUGGAGCCACUUCUGCACCUUUGUGUCGCCCUCUGAUGGACAACUGCCCACGGGCCACAUCGCGUGUACCACGGUGGAUGGUGAAAUUACUCCGGAGGCAAGGUUUUUCCGUAGAGAAAUGA